ACACUUUGCCGAGUACACGUCAAGCUGUUUUACACGGACUACUUGAUGUCGAAAAUCUAGCACUAUUGAUCAUAAGCAUUGUGAGCACAGAAAAGCACUGACAACAAAAUGGUUGCGAGUUUUAAGGUUUUCACGUGGUGUGCACUAAUUAUCAUUUGCAUUUAUGGAAACAAAAGCGACAUCUUUAGUGAACGGAUUUCAAGAAUGGAACAGCGCAUGGUGGAAGACAUUCGUCUUUUAAUGGCAGAAUUAAAAGAGGAUUUAGAGUCGAUUAGAAAUAUGAGUGACUUCAUGUCUGCGGCUGUCGCAUGGAACCGUAAACCUGGUGAAGAUGUGGUGUCCAAAACAACUUUUGCGCACUCAGAAACUCCCAUCGGACAACAACUUGUGCGAUUGAAAAGGGGGUUUUCUGUUGAAAAACGUUUUAUGCGAAGUGUAGAAAGUCAGCUUAAGUGUCACACCGAUUCUGAAAUUCAAAGAAACAUGCUCCUUAGUGAAGCAGGAAACAGAACUGCGUCCUAUAUUGAAUCAUUGAUAACUACGGUCAAUGGCUUUUCAUCUGUAAAAAAGGACGUACACGAGAUCAAAACUAUCCUAGAGACUCGAAUAGGAAAUAAAGUUGAUGAAAAGGACAACGCCUUCACAGAUUGUUUAGACUUGCUCAGGCACGGGUAUACUUCUAAUGGUGUUUACUCCAUCCAUCCAACGUCUGUAUGGAGGCCACUUCAAGUCUACUGCGACCAAACAACGGCUGGAGGUGGGUGGACCGUGAUCCAAAGACGUCAAGACGGUUCAGAAAACUUCACCAGGCCCUGGAUCGAUUAUGCUUAUGGAUUCGGAUCCCUGCAAGGUGAAUUCUGGCUCGGGAAUGAGUUCAUUCACCGCCUUACUACAACCGUACCCAAUGAACUGAGAAUUGAGUUGCAGGAUUUUGAAAACGACUGUCGCGUGGCGGAGUACGGUCGCUUCGUUGUGGGACCAGAAUCAGAUCUUUAUAGAUCAUCGAUUAAAUUCUUCAGUGGGAAUGUCACAGAUUCGUUUUCUUCACACAAUGGUAUGCAGUUUUCGGCUGCUGACAGUGGCCCAUCAAAGGGAUGUGCAGUGUCCUACAAAGGCGGGUUCUGGUACGACAAGUGUCAUCUCGUGAACAUAAACGGGCUAUACCUUAAAGGAAAACACGAUUCCGAUGCUGACGGUGUUAACUGGCAUGGAUUUAGGGGACAUCAUUAUUCUCUAAAAUUCUCCGAAAUGAAAAUCCGACCUCAUUAAACAUCAGUUGUCAAGAGUUAAAAAUGACUACCAUAGACGGUGUUUUGUGCAUCUGAUAUUUCAACCAGAAAAAGUAUUGGGAUCAAUGGUUCGAAAUGUGUUUUGUCGUUAUAGCUUAAAUUUAAAAAUUGUUAAGGAAUAUAUUCUAUAUAUUUUGAUUAUUUACUUAUGGUAAGAAUGUAUAAGAUAAACCAUUAAUUUAAUAUUGAGUUUAUAUAAAUGCACACCUUCCAAAAAACUUCCAUAACUUAAUACAUCAAGCUGGAUAGUGCCGGCUAUGUUGACAUAGCGGACGUCGCAAGCUAGAUGUUGGAGCCCAAAAGAGUCCUGCCUCCUCCACCGGACGCAACAAGGAGCCCGAAAGACGGGUACUUUACACUGAUAACUGCAUCACUUCCAAGGGACUGUCUGAACCACUUAAAGCAAUGGACACUGAGUUACUUUCAGCGUGUUUCACUUCGUCCGCAACACUUGUGGCAACCGAGAUUUCAAUGCACAAAUUUUCAAGAUUGUAAACAGGGAAGAGUAGUCUAUAUUGUCAACGAUAAAUACAAGAAGGCAAUUGAAAUAUUGUCUAUAAGUUGAAGAACACUGAAUACAACAUAUAGCUGAAUAUCGUGGUUUUUAUGCAAUUUGAACGUUAUUUGUAUUCUAUCAAAAAUGUAUAUAUUGAUUGUAAGUUCUACUCCUUAAUCGCUCAGCUCGAUGUAUAAAGGUCGGGUAAAAAACUUGUAUUGCCUUCAAUAUGAUAGUUAAAUGUGUGCCAUGUGAAAAGGUCAUUUGAACUUGUUUUAAGCGAACUUAAAGUUUAUAGCUAUCAAGAUUUUUUGAGGUGAAUUGUUGGCAAUAUGUGCGUUUUUACGAUUGUGGCUCUGAUUUAAUUUAAUUUGCGGUAUUGACAACAAAGUAUAUGUUAACAAAAGUUUAUAUUUGAGUAAUAAACAUUAAUGAAAUAGAAUACACUAUUUGCAUUCAAUGUUUAUGAUGGCUAGAGUGAGAUAACUUUUGUUAAUUUUUCUUAUAUUUACAUGCAGGAUACUGUAAAAGUAGAUGUUUUACUUAUGCUUCCUUUCGUUAUGUGAUAUAUACCAAUGUCUUCUUGAGUUGAAUGAACUGUACGUGUGUUUGCAAAUUUAUAUAUUACUUACGUGUAGUGUAGUGACAUGCGGAAAGUACUAAGUUACUUUAAUGUUAUUAUUUGGGGUAAAAUCAACCCAUGCUUUGAGUAUAUUUUCCCGAGUGAAACGAUUUAUUGCUAACAGUGGUUUCUAUAUUUUAUGUUGUUGAAUUACGUUUUGAAAUUCGACUUGACAUCCGCAUACCAAUUCAGUUAAGCAUAAUAAAACAGGAUGAUUUUGUUACCGGUAUAUGUUGCGCUAAUUUAAAAAUCCAAAUGAGGUCUUUGCAUUUCGUAAAAAAGUUUCACGUCGUGGGUAAAAUCGCAACAUUUAUACGUGUGUUCAUAUUAAGCAGCAUAAAUAAUAAAAUUCAGACGUUUUGUUAACAUUAAAAAUAUUACUACUUACGAGUGUUGGCCUGAAAUUCAGAAUGUUUUGCUUACAACUGUUUGAGUAAAAUCUAAUUGUGUACUAACAUUAUUUUUAGCGUUAUUAAAUAACUUUGGUUACAUUGACAAAGCAGAUUAUCCAAUACUUUAAUUGUUAAUUGUAAUUAUGUAUUAAUAGUGCUUCAUCCGUAUUCACGUUUAUGAGUAACAUUCCAUGUAUGUAGGUGCCUGAAGCUACUUGAGCGGAGUGCAUGUUUAUAUGAGAGGUGUCCACGUCUAUAUGCUUUUAAUAUAUGAGAGGUGUCCACGUCAAAAAGCUUUUAUUUGCCUGAGAUAAAUUAACUUGAAAUCCAGAAAAGUAUGCAUUCCUGUGAAAAAGAACUAUAUAUAUGCACAUUUAUUCGAAGCUAUUUUUCCUAAUAUCUCGGAACUAUUAUUUCGACGUUAUAUAUCAUGAGUAAAUGCACUGCAGAACAUGAAUGCCGAUGUUAUACAUCAUCGAGACAUUACUUAAUUGUUAAUCGUUUACAUGGAUUUCAAUAUUAUUUUUUAUAGGUUAAUGAACUGUAUUGAGCACGUGUAUUUGGAUGUUAUAUAUUACUGGAUUGCGUGAAUUGAACAUAGGGCAUAUGUAUUUCGAUGUUCCCUUUUCCUCAUGAAAAUGUAAACAUUCUAACAAAAAUGUACAAAUGUACAAAUGUACUGAUUUGGGUGUCAAACCCACUGAGAUAAAUGAACGGUAUAUUGAACAAAUGUAUUUUGAUUUUAGUUUUUGCUGAGAUAAAUUAACUUUUGAAAGUGGAUUGCUUUGUUUAUUUUUAUUUUUGCUGAGAUAAAUGAACUGUUAAGUGUACACAUGUGUUUUGAUGUUAAUUUGUGCUUUUGUGGUGAGAUAAAUAAACUGUAUAUUGUG